UAGUUCCUAUGGAAACGCACGUUCGCCGCGAUCGAAUCGCGACACUCGUCACGGGUCUCUCCUUCAGCGUCGUACGGGCGUAUGUCCUGUACGUCGUGCCAGGUGAACCCGGGGCACGGUCUCGCGGCGGCCACCACGCUUGCCGCAGUCUCGCAAAUAUUGAUACGACGGGCGGUCGCGGAUACCGGCGACAGAGUCUCCGGAGAACGGCGAAGCACGAAGUACCGGAAGCGCGGGUUGUUCGGCCGCGGAAUUCCGCGUCUCGCAAUUAUCCGGCUUAUCCGGCGGAAUUAAAGCACGGCAAUCGCGAAUACAUCCCGCUCGUGAAGCCGAACGAUGAGACACUUCGCGCGAAAGAGAGACGAUCGGGGUUGAGCCGACGGGGAAUAAUUCCAAAUCAAUCGAUGCGUAGGUAUAAAACUUUAUACAGUUCUUGAAAGAACUUGACGUGGACGAUGAAUGGGAGAGUAGGUCGUAGUGUAGUCACGCUCAAAGUAGCGAGGAAACAUCGAAAAGUGUUGGGAAGUUCUCAUUGCGCUUGAGGAAGCCGGGGAAAUGGAUUAUUCUCCAGAGUACCAAUUAGAACAGAGCUCGGGCGUUCAAUACUAAAAUCCUCUAAUCCCAGUGACACUUAAAUAUUUAAUUACACGAGAUUCCGAUUGCAAAGCUCCAUGACGACCUUUGAAUCGUCUGAUUACUUUGAUUAAGGUUUAAUCAAAGGUUAAUUGUAUUAAAUCCUCACGUGAAAAGGACGAUAACUUUGAGUCACGCUCUUUUCAGCGCGCAUAAGCACGCUUCAAGAUAGACAAUGUUCUUGCGCUAAAGUAGGAAAGAGGUGGAAAAACCGGUGAAAUAUCGGCGUCGGAAAUGCGCGAGCGAUUUUAUAGGAACGCUCUGGUGAACGAAGAUCAAGUGUUCGGUGUCGUACGGAGCGUCGCUGACGGGGAUUUGCGUUGACGGCUGCUGAUGCCCGAAUAGGUAGGCAGAAUGGAGCUGUAUGGGUAAGGGGGCUUAGUUUAGGAUUCUCUUUCUCGAUCAUCUGUCGAAAAAUAAAAAAGAAAACAACUCGCUGUUGCGCGUAUUUCUUUAUACGUUUCGCGCACGAGGAUGACAGGAAGGACGUCGCUGGUGGAACAGAAGAGGGUCCAGUGGGCAAGGGAAAGGGAAGAAAUGGCGCGUCUCGGAGUUAAUUGGGGACCUGUGAAACCGAGCAACUGCAACCGCACCCAUAUUCGCACCUUCUCGAACGAUGUGAGAUUAUCUUUCGGGGAGGCGAAGGACAAGACUUCCGUGCAACCGUUCCGUGCGGCAGGACAUUACGGGAGCACCGCCAGCCUCAAGAGCCUGACGACAGAGAAUUCCGGAAAUGGCAACGCGAGCCUCAAGUGUCUCGACUACAACGGCGGCAGUUUGAUAAAUCUCCGGGACCAAGUGGACGCGUCGCAAAUCAGACGCAGGAGUCCCAGUUUGCCGCCGAUCUUCAACAAGGAGCAACAGCAGUACUUCUGCCAGCUAGAACAACAGCGAGAUUUCGGCGUGGAGGGGUCGCGUUAUCAGCAAACGAGGUCGCAAAAACCGGAACACCAUAGGCACCGAACCAACAACGACCAACGUCGCGGCACCCAGAAGGAGUCCCUCCAUCAUUACGGCUCUCCGGGCGAAGAGCGCGAGGGGGAGACCUCUGGUUACGCGAGCGACUCCGUGGACGUACCGUCGCAAGGGCAAAGAGCUUUAGCCGGCGGCAAAAUGGCAAGGAUCGAGAUGACGGAGAAGACCUGGCAGAAUCCUUACUGUACCACGCCGGAGAGUUCACUACCACCCUCGAGGAGACUCUCGCCCGGCAGAAUGGGAGAGCUCAACAGGCCACGAUGGGGCAGUGUCUGGGGGCAAGACGCGGCAAGAGGCGAUCCGCCACCGCCGCCCUCGUGGCUAUCAAGAUUAGGACAGUCGAGUCAAGUACUGGUGAUCAAUCACGAUAGCGCCAGCAGUCCGGAUAGUUCAACAACUGGCUCGACCGGCUCCGACAACAACAAGACGUAUCUUCGGGGUCAUAAUAUCCCAGUGGACGCGGACAUCCUUCAGGAACGCGAGGCGAGACGGCAGAAAGCGCUGCAGCUUCAAAACGCAAUUAAGCAGCAGCUCGAAGAGAAGGAUAGGCAGAGGAAAGAGGAGAAGGAGCGGCGGAUGAGAGAGGAGAGACUGGAGGACGAGCGGAUCAGGCGAGAGCAGGAGAAGGAGAAGGAGAGAUUCGAAGAAGAACAACGGCUGAUACGCGAGAAGGAAACCGCGAAGCUGAAGAAGGCCCAAGCGAUGCGCGAAGUGCUGGAGGCCGCGGAACGGUUGGCCCGGGAGGAGAAGAAGAAUCGCCGAAAACGAGAGGACCACACGGACGAGGACACCGACGUGACGCAAACGUCGUCCUCCGUCGGCUUGAACAUGAUCGUGAACGCGGACGACAAGCGUGAGCAGGAUCAUUCGCAAACUCAAACACGAGCCACAAACUUGAUCCCCGACUAUUCCACGAACGAGAAGCCUGAUCCAAAGAAUACGAAGGAGACUGAGAGGCAGUCUCAUGAGAGCGAGAAGAUCAGAGACGACAACAGGGAGCAAAAGAUGAACAAGUCGGAACAGAUCGCGCUGGACCCGCGAGAAUCCCUCCAGGUGCCCGUGAGCAAGGACGUGGCGAUCGUGCUGAGCGGCCGACUCGACGACCCGGAGAUCUUGAGCAGGGCGAACCUGCAGCUAGUGAACCUGCAGCUAGUGACACCCAGCCCGCGUCGAUUCGACAACGCCACAAGGGGCCUCUCGUUGGGGCUAAGCACGAUCAUGAAGAACAACGUGGCCACGAUGCUGAGCCCGAGGAACCCGAGACGUUGCUCGCCUCGAUCAGACUCCGCGUCGAUCGUCGUAGAGAACAGGCUGUUGACGCCGAGCAAGUACCGAACAUCGGCCGGACGGGACUUCGGCACGCAGACGGACGUGGAGUCCGACCUGCAGGAGCUGCGCGACAAGCUGCAGGACUCGUCGAUCAGGGAACACGGCGGCACCGCGAAGGACAGGAAGGACACGACCAACGCCAGCCGAAGAAACGUUGAAAAGUCCACCAACAUGGGCCCAGGCGAGGAAGUCGGCAUGAAAGCGCUUCCGCGAUCCAAGUCGCAGCCGAGAACCACGCUCGACGCCAGACCACGGUGGAACGCCAAUCGGUAUACUCUUAGCCCAGGUACGCGAUAUCGCACACAAAGCGAGAAGGAUCCGCACUAUCAGAGACGAUUGCGGCUCAGGAGACGACGGGUCGAGUCUAGCGACGAAGGAUCCAGAUCGCCGUCCCCUGAACGGCGGAAAUCGAACAACUGCAAGUCCAAGAGCCGAAACGCGGUGAGACGCAAAGCAAAACUCGAGAGCUACGACGCCGACCUGUCGAUGGACAGUCUGAACUCCAUCGUGCCGCUACGAAUCGACAAGAACGGGAAGAUCAACAUAGAGGACUGUCGUCGGCGAGAUCGCGUCGAGAAAGCACGAUCAAUGGACAACGCUCGCGGCGAUGUGAACCGCGCGAAAUGCUCGGAUAACGAUAAUCCUAAUCUCUGGUGCGGCCAUGAAAUAUUGUCCAAGCUGUCGUCGUUGAAGAGCGGACUGUUGAUGAAGCAAAUCCAGUGGGACUCCGAGCGAUGCCUGGUCUCGCCCGCUGCGUCCGAAAUCUUUUAAGCGCCGGGAGAAAGAGAACGUUGCCGUUGGAGCGGCUUUUUGUUUUUCUUUUCGUUUGCAUGG